CUCCUUUAGUACACAUAUUCUCAUGCAGCCAUACACCUCAUGACCCAAUAUCAACUUGAAAGCAUCAGACUCGGGUCUCAGUAUAGCCCGAGUACUCAUCCAACAUGCUGCUAGCUCAUAAGUGUCUUAGCCCUCCCGAGGCCGAAAAGGCCCGGAGCUUCUAAGCCUCGCAUCCCGCAAGCCGCUCCCCGCCCCAACACGACUCUGUCCUUACAGGAUCGAUACUGCCGUUUCCGAGGCCACUAGUUAAGGAGAAAGAGAAUAACGGGAAAAAAGGGAAGUAUUUCUUUCGCCCGCCGAUUUAGCAGCUUGUUCUCGAAUCCGCGAUCGCCGGGAGGGCCCCUGGCAUUUCGAGCCUCGCGUACCGUCGCACGAGCGAGGCGAGAAGGGACUUGGAGGGAGGAAAAAAAAGUCACCAGUCAUAUUUUCUGCGACACGAACCAUGGCGUCUCCCAUUGACAAUGCAAAGUCGCCGUCCACUUCUCCCAAGGGCAAGGAAAAAUCCCCAUCCGUUUCGCCGCGGCAUUCUCCGUCGCAGUCUGCCGGGCCCAUGACGCCGCUGGCCGGCCUCGUGGCUGGCGAUGCCGACAAUCCUGUGCCGGUCCAAGUCGAUCACGACGCAUACCCCGAUGACCCGGCGGAUGUCGACUCGACCUAUGGCUCCGAUCAAGACUCGGCCUACACCGGCUCCAUCACGUCGUCCAUCUACAACUACCAGUAUGAGAACGGCCGUCGCUAUCACGCCUACAGAGAGGGCCAGUACGUGCUGCCCAACGACCAGCAGGAACAGGAGCGACUCGAUCUCCAGCAUCACAUAUGGCGGCUCUUAAUCGGCGGCCGCCUCUUCACAGCGCCUCUACCGACGCCCACGGGCGAGGAGGACGAGCUGCGCAUCCUGGACCUGGGCACGGGCACGGGCAUCUGGGCCAUUGACAUGGCCGACGAGUUCCCCAACGCGUCCGUCUUCGGCGUCGACCUGUCGCCGAUCCAGCCCGAGUGGGUGCCCAACAACUGCCGCUUCCACGUCGACGACUACGAGGACCAGUGGACGUACCACGACGACGAAAAGUUCGACUACAUACACGGGCGGGCGCUCAGCGGCACGUCGGCCGACUGGCCGCGGUUCUACUCGCAGGUGAUGGAGAAUCUGAAGCCCGGCGGGUGGCUCGAGAUGCAGGAGUACGAUGCGUGGAUCUUUAGCGACGACGAUAGCUGCGACCGUGCGCCGUGGACGAUGGAAUGGGUUGACAAGCUGGAUGCCGCGAGCAGGAUGUAUGGCAAGCAGAUUAAUGUGGCGCGGUAUCAGAAGCAGUGGAUCAUUGACGCAGGUUUCGAGGAUGUUGAGGAGAAGGUAUACAGAAUACCAAUCGGACCAUGGGCCAAGGAUCCUACGCUAAAGGAGCUGGGAAAGUUUGAGCUCACACACAUGCAAAUGUCUGUCGACUCGCACACGCCAGCGCUCUUCACCCGCGUGUUGAACUAUUCCAAAGACCAGGCGGACGUACUGAUGGAAGGCGUCAAACGGGAGUUUCGAAGUCGGGACCUCAGGCUGAUUACUACCUACCGGUUCAUCGUAGGGAGGAAACCGCUCAACUCACAAGGCGGAGGGGGAGGGGUGUAGAUGAGGCGAAACUGGAUGCUGAUGGAGCGGGCUUUUCAGAUUUUUGCCAGGCUCCCAUCGAGGAUACAUCUAUGGUGGGAUAUUGAGAUGGUAGGGGAAUGGCUUGGGAUAUUCAUUUUGUCUUGGUUUUGCUGUUAAGCGCUUUCUGGUAUGGAAUUUGAUAAAGCUACAGGUAUUUUUACCAUCUUAUGAAGAUGAGCAAAGUGUCAUCAUUCUCAUGUACUGUGCUACUGCAGUGAAUUCAGCUUUAGUCACAACUUAUAAAUUUGCAUAAAGAAGUCGUACUCGCC